AGAGUUAUCCAAAGUGUGGGGUUUACCAACCCCAACACACUCAGAAAUGGAAAAAAAAAAAGAAGAGAAUUAUCGCAAUACGGAGAGAGUUGGUGGGAGCGCGGAUGGACAGAUGGAAAAAAGGAAAAAAAGAGGAGAGAGUAGGCGGGCGCGGUAGGUGAAGGAUAACGACGUCUCGCCAUCCACCCAUUUUUAUUUAUAUAUAUCCAAACAUUCCUCCUCUUAAUUCUCAGAUCUCUAAAUUCAAUCGGAAUCGAGAUCUCUCAACAUUGUUGUGUAUUGUAAUUUGUAUCAUCAAUAAAAAAGAAAAGAAUGAAAAUAAACAUCCGCGAUUCCACCAUGGUCCGGCCCGCCGGCGAGACCCCCUCCACUUACCUGUGGAACUCGAACGUUGACCUGGUCAUCCCGAGGUUCCACACUCCGAGCGUCUACUUCUACAGACCCACCGGCGCCUCCAAUUUCUUCGACCCUGGGGUGAUGAAGGAGGCCCUCGCCAAGGCCCUGGUCCCUUUCUACCCCAUGGCUGGCCGCUUGAAGAGGGACGACGAUGGUCGUAUCGAGAUCGACUGCAACGCCGCCGGUGUUCUCUUCGUCGUCGCCGAUACUCCCUCCCUCAUCGACGACUUCGGAGACUUCGCUCCCACCCUCGACCUCCGCCAGCUUAUCCCCGACGUUGAUCACUCCCCUGGCAUUCAUUCCUUCCCGCUCCUCGUUCUCCAGGUGACCUAUUUUAAAUGUGGUGGAGCUUCUCUUGGUGUUGGUAUGCAACACCACGCCGCCGACGGUUUCUCCGGUCUCCAUUUCAUCAACACCUGGUCUGAUAUGGCUCGCGGUCUCGACCUUACCAUUCCCCCUUUCAUUGACCGCACCCUCCUCCGCGCCAGGGACCCUCCUCAGCCUGCUUUCGAUCACGUUGAGUACCAGCCUGCCCCCUCCAUGAAGAUCCCUCUCGAUCCUUCCAAGUCAUCCCCUGACAGUACCACCGUCUCCAUCUUCAAAUUAUCUCGCGACCAGCUUGUUUCCCUCAAGGCUAAAGCCAAGGAGGACGGCAACACGGUUAGCUACAGCUCCUACGAGAUGUUGGCUGGUCAUGUGUGGAGGUCUGUGGGUAAGGCCCGCGGGCUUCCGGACGAUCAGGAGACCAAACUGUACAUUGCUACCGAUGGAAGGUCAAGACUGCGUCCUCAGCUGCCCCCUGGUUACUUUGGCAACGUCAUAUUCACUGCCACACCUUUGGCCGUUGCGGGGGAUCUGCUGUCAAAGCCAACCUGGUAUGCUGCUGGACUGAUCCAUGAUGUUUUGGCUCGCAUGGACGAUAACUAUCUGAGGUCAGCUCUCGACUACCUGGAGAUGCAGCCUGAUCUCUCAGCCCUGGUCCGAGGUGCACAUACCUACAAGUGUCCAAACUUGGGAAUCACGAGCUGGGUCAGGUUACCAAUUUACGAUGCAGACUUUGGUUGGGGGCGUCCUAUAUUUAUGGGACCUGGUGGAAUCCCAUACGAGGGUUUGUCGUUUGUGGUACCAAGUCCUACAAAUGAUGGCAGCUUAUCCGUGGCCAUUGCUCUCCAAACUGAACACAUGAAACUGUUUGAGAAGUAUUUGUACGAGAUAUGACAGAGACAAGCCAGCAGAAGAAGAUGAUGACGAUGAUUCCUCCUUUUCCCCCCACUUAAAAAGUGGGGCUUUUUUUUGUUGCUUAAUUGUCGCAGAUGAUUCGUUAUCCUGUAUUUUGGAGGGUACAAUAAAAGUUAUGUCACACAUAAGUUGGUACUUGUGGUGGUUCUGUAACAUUUGGAUCGGUCAUGUAGGAACUUUUGCUUUUAUGUUUAUACUGAUGAUGAUAAGUGUUGUCCUA